AUGACGCGCUCCUUCGGAGCACGCGCAACGGCGGCAGCUGCCGCACUGGCGUCCUGCUCGGAGGCGUUGACGCUGCGGCCAGAGGCGGAGCUGGAGCUGCCGCUGCGCCUGGAGGACGGCCACGUGCCCCUCUUCGUGAGGUGGGAGAAGUACCUCGGCCAGGACCUGAGUGGCGUGAACUUUGUUCAGAUCGGAGGCAACUGCGGCACGAACCUUCCAGAGUGCGCCGUGGGUGGAGACCCCAUCUGGGAGUAUGCCACCCGCUUCGGCUGGGACGGCAUCGUCCUUGAGCCGGUGCCCCAGAUCUUCUCCAAGCUGUCCGAGAAUUACCGGCCGUACCCCUCAGUGAAGCCAGUGCAGGCGCUCGUAAGCAAUCACUCUGGCGUCGGCAGGAUCUUGGACCGUGCGGAGACCUCUCACGAGAUCAGCCUCUCCCGCAAGAAGGGUGUUGAGGUGCCGACGUACACGCUGCAGACGCUCUGGAAGGAGGUGUUUGGCGAGGACAAGAAGAAGGUUGAUGUCCUUGUCGUGGAUGCGGAGGGCAACGAGCCGAAGAUCUUGUCUGGCACGUUCCCAGAGCCGAAGCCGAAAUUAGUCCUCUUCGAGAUCGCAAACCUUCAGGCUGCCGAUCUCGAGAGCAUCGACGCCAAUCUGAAGAAGGAGGGCUACGUCUUGCUAGAGAAUCUGCGCCACCAGGACGAGAUUGGGCUCACGAUGGCGCCGCAGGAUGCGCUGUAUGGGCUCAGGACUGACCAGUCCUUGCCACUGGCCCUGAAGGAUGGCCACGUGCCACUCUUCGUGAAAUGGGAGGAGUACCUCAAGAGCAUGGAUGGCGUUAACUUUGUUCAGAUCGGAGGCAACUGCGGCACGAACCUUCCAGAGUGCGCCGUGGGUGGAGACCCCAUCUGGGAGUAUGCCACCCGCUUCGGCUGGGACGGCAUCGUCCUUGAGCCGGUGCCCCAGAUCUUCUCCAAGCUGUCCGAGAAUUACCGGCCGUACCCCUCAGUGAAGCCAGUGCAGGCGCUCGUAAGCAAUCAUUCUGGCGUCGGCAGGAUCUUGGACCGUGCGGAGACCUCUCACGAGAUCAGCCUCUCCCGUAAGAAGGGUGUUGAGGUGCCGACGUACACACUGAAGACGCUCUGGAAGGAGGUGUUUGGCGCGGACAAGAAGAAGGUUGAUGUCCUUGUCGUGGAUGCGGAGGGCAACGAGCCGAAGAUCUUGUCUGGCGCGUUCCCAGAGCCGAAGCCGCAGCUGGUGCUGUUCGAGAUCUCCAACUUGCAGCAGGAGGAGCUGGACUCCAUCGACGAGAACCUGCGCAGGGAGGGCUACGUUCUGCUCAAGAAGCUCAAGCACAACGACCCCAUCGGCUUGACCAUGCCCCCGCAGGACGCUCUGUACGGCUUGCUCGCCGUGUCGGCGUGA